AUGGCAAAGAGGUUGGCAAAUCCUGUGGCCGUCAAGAGUCGAGCGGCGGCUGGAGGCGUGGGCGACGCGGCGGGGCCCAAGGCGGCGGGAGGCGGGCGCCGCGGCUCACGGUUGUUCGCUCGCUCACGCCGCUGGGCGCGACGCGGCGGGGCCCAAGGCGGCGGGAGGCGGGCGCUGCGGCUCACGGCUGUUCGCUCGCUCGCUCCGCUGGGCGCGACGCGGCGGGGCCCAAGGCGGCGGGAGGCGGGCGUCGCGGCCCGCGGCGACUGGAGCUGCGCGGCACGGCAGUGGCCCGCGACGGAGGGGAGCAGGCUCCCGGCUGUUGGCUCGCGCUGCUGGAUCGAUCUAUUCAGGUUAAAUCUAGGAAAUCGGCACCAAGUAACGAAUAAUUGGAUCUCAAAGCUCAUAUAUGAAGAACCGAUCUUGGUAGUGGCAUAAAUGGAAGAUGAGAUCUAUGAAUAACAAAUACAAUAAUUACCUGUAGUUUCUAUAAUUUUCAAAGUUUGUAUUCUCUUCAAGAUUUUCAGUCGUUCAAGCUCACAAAUAAGAUACAUAU